GAAUUAACUAUAACGGUAUUAUCAGUAACGACAAAAACGUAGUGAUUUAUGGUCUAUAAGUAGGUAUGUCUUUUAUAGCCAGAGGGUUGAAUAAUGUGUGCAAUUCCUUAAUAUCCGUGCGUCCUAGUGUUAUAGGAGUACGAUCUAGUACGAUCCAAACUGUACGAUAUAAACGAACUAAUUCAAAUAGUAAAGCCAAACAAUCCAAAUUUAAUAAAUCUAGUAAAUCAACUAAAUCAAAUAAAUUUACUAAAUCAACUAAAUCUUCUUCUAUACCAACAGGUCAUAAUCCAAGUUUUAAAACACAAGGAAAAUUCUCAAAACUUGAUUAUCCAUCAAAGAAAGUAUUUGAAACUUCAUCUGUUGGUCUUGAAACAAUUAAUUCAUUUAAUGAAUUAAGAAUUUUUCCUACUGUUCGUCAAGCUAUGAUUAAAGAAAUUAAAGAUCAAUAUAAUUUAAAAGAUCUGUUGAUUAAAUCAAGGGAAGAAUUAGAUAUUAAACCAACUCCUUGUCAAAUUGCAACAAUUAGAAAAAUUAAUAUUCCAAGAUUAAGUGAACGAUUUCUAGAAAAGCCAAGUGAAGAUCUUAAACCUGAAGAGCAAAUUCAACUUGAAUUCAGAAAAGAAAAUGAAUUAAAUAAAUUAAAAAUCUUUGCAUUAGCAUCUGAAACUGGUUCAGGUAAAACAUGGGCAUAUUUAGCCUCAAUAUUAAGUAAAUUAAAGGAAGAUGAUUGGGAAUUAUAUAUGAAGAAUCCUAAGAAAUAUCAUGAAUCUCAAAAUAAUAAAAUUAUUCGUGCUGUGAUUCUUGUUCCAACUUAUGAAUUAGUUCAUCAAGUAACUGAUGUCUUAAGAAGAGCUACUAGUUUUGAUUUAGAUAUUGAAGAUAUACCCAAACAAUAUAGAGAAUUUGUUGAAGAAACAACUCAGGAAGGUGAAUCACCUAAAUUACGUCUUAGAAUAUUUCAAUGGUUAAGAAGUGUUCCUCAUACUAGUGUAUAUGAAUAUCUUAGACAUGGAAAUAUAGAUGUUUUGGUUACUACCCCUGGUAAAAUUAUUGGAUUACAAAAACUUCGAAAUGAUUCAGAUCCAUUUAGAAUAUUUAGAGGUGUUAAAUAUUGUGUAAUUGAUGAAGCAGAUACUUUAUUUGAUGUUAGUUGGAUUGGUGAUACAAUUCAAACUAUAAGGCGUUUCCGAAGAUUAAAAGAUUUAGUUUUCUGUUCUGCUACUAUUCCUAAUGAAUUUAAAAAGACAUUAAUUAGUGAAUUUCCAGGAGAAGAUUCAAUUAUUGAAAUUGCUACUCCAUCUUUACAUAAAAUAUCCAGAAAUAUUAAGAUUAGUAUUAUUGAUGCUCAAAAGCCACCAUUUAAUGGAUCCAUUAUAAGAUGUCUUGCUCAAGCAUUAUAUGCUAUUAGGAAUGAUGGAACUGAAGAUGGACUUGUAAAAAGAAUUGUUGUAUUUGUUAAUAAGAAAGAACAAGUUAGUGCGGUUAAGAACUCGCUUGUUGUAAAAUAUAAAUAUAAAGAAGAAGAUAUUAUUACAAUUCAAGGUAAUACAGAAGCAGAAGAACGACAAGAAUUAAUUCAACCAUUUAUACAACCAGCAGAAAAAUUAACAGAAGAUGGUCCUAGAAUAAAAGUAUUAAUAACUACUGAUUUAUUAGGAAGAGGAAUUAAUUUUUAUAGUAUUAAAAAUGUUAUCAUGUUAGAAAUGCCAAAUAGUUCACUUGAUAUGAUUCAUAGAAUAGGAAGAACAGGAAGAAUGGGUCAAUCAGGAAGAGUACUUAUGAUUCUUGAUAAUUCAAAAGAUAUAAAAAAGUUAGUUGGAGUUCCAAAAGCGGCUCUUAAAGGUGUACCAAUAGGUUAAAUUUAAAAUUAUCAUUCAGACAAUGUCAUGUAUAAAAGGUAAGUUCAAAAUAUUAUUAACUUAUAAGUCAUAAAUAUUAACUAUGGUUUUCAUGAUGAUUCAAAAGAUUUUUUUAGACGUUAGACUUCUGAAAUACAAUUGAAGAGAACGUCUCAGAUAUCUGAUUUAAACCGUAUAGUUAAAAAAUUUAUGACUAUGAGUCAAUUAAUUUAUAACAAACAAUUGUUUACUAACAUAAUAAUAAUUCUAGGUUAAUCGAGGAAACGAUUAUAGACAUAUAGUUAAAGUUAUAGCUUGUAAAUACGGGGUUAAGCACACAUUCAUGUAAAUAUACAAUAAGUAUAUAUAUAUAUUAUGUAUUA